CUAUUUUUGAUAUCAAAGAUAUGAAUAUUAUUAAAAGAAUGAUGAUGGAAGAAACAAAAUUAAUUUUAGAAGAAUUAUUGUUUGAUUUGCGUGUGUGAUGCUGUAAGUCUCUCUUUCUUUCCUUUCUUUCAUUGUGAUUUUUGCGUGCCUGUAUAAUUUGUCUGUGUCUUCUUUUCUUUUAUUUACAAAAGAACUGCGAUUUUUUGUAUAAAUGGCAUUACGCAAGCCAACAAUAAAGGAUGACAUUUCGAUCAACAGCAGCUACUACUACUGUCAAUAUUACUAAAGCGGCCACCACAACAAUGGCAAUAACACCAACAAAAUUACCUAUUGAUUAUAGAUGCUACAGAUGUAAAAUAGUCUGUAAAAAAGGUGAUCCCAACGUUAUCCGAGCUGUCGGAAAUAUCUAUCAUCGGCAAUGCUUUCGCUGCGAUGUGUGCAAUCAACAUUAAUAUAUGUCUUGUAGAUAGGAAGGGACCACAUUUGUUUGUCAUGUUUCUUGUGCUCAAAAACAACCAGUACCACAGAUGAGAUGAGAGCUCUCAAUAAAAGAAUCUUACUCAUUUUUCUCUCAACGAUAGUUUUGUGAUAGAUUUGUAAUAGACAAAUUCUAUAUAUACCACCCUACUUAUCAACAGUCGACACCGAAUGCUACAACGGCAGCAACAAUAGCAGAAGAAUUGGUAAUGUUGGAUGACAAUAUACAUCGUCGCAGUCAUAACAGCAGCAGCAGCAGCAGCA